AUGAAGGUCUUGUUGCGUGAGGAGCCCAGAACCAUAGCUUUGGUCUCUGACACUCAUGCUCUCACAUUUCGUCAGCAAACCUCGCCUGCGGAGAGCUCGAAAAGAAGUUCGUCAGUCGAGGUACAACUCGAAAACGCCGCCAAUUUUCAGCAUAAUAGAGACUACAAAGUAUUGAUUCACAGGGAUAUCCAUGGCUGCUUGGGUCUUAUUGAGCUAGACAAGCAAAUCUAUGUUGCAUUAAUAUCUGGUGCGUCUAUCAACGUUGCUCGUCCGGUGCCUUAUGAGUCGGUUGAUAACAUUUAUUCCGUUGAUUUUGUGUCUUUGAGCAGCAACGAUUGGGACUUUGUGAACUUGGACUCUGCUGGUAUGCCUUUGCAGACACAAGAUCCUGACGAGUUUGAUCCAAAUAGUCCCCGUGUGGUGCAUCCAUGUUUUGAACUCAAGAAGUUGCUAUCCAAUGGAUCGUUCUAUUUUUCCAACGACUUUGAUUUGACCUCGUCGGUACAGAAGAGAGGUGUUGAUGCUACCAAAUUUGCGAAAGGGGUCAAGGAUUCCGAGAAGGCUGCUAGUAUCACCAGAGUCAAUUUGCUGCAUUAUGAGGAACAAUACAUGUGGAACCUGUUCAUGAUGGAGGAACUUUUCAAAUUCAGAGCAAACUUAGACGAGGUUGCUGUUGAGAUCCUUGAUCAUAACAGAUUUUUGACCACAGUGAUUCGUGGUUUCGCCAAGACAGUUCGCUUGAACUCUAGAGGUGAUACUAUCAGUAUAAUAUCCAAACAAUCCUGGAGAAGAGCAGGUACAAGAUUCAAUGCCAGGGGCAUCGAUGAUGAUGGUAAUGUUGCAAACUUUGUUGAGUCGGAGUUCAUCUUCAACAACGUUUCGCUGCGACAGGUAUUCGCAUUUACACAGAUUAGAGGGUCGGUGCCAACGUUUUGGGAACAGGAUUCCACGCUAAUAAAUCCGAAGAUCACAAUCACUAGAUCUCGUGAAGCCAGUCAGUUAGCUUUCAACAAACAUUUUGACGAAGUUUGCGAAAAAUACGGAGUCUGUCACAUCGUUAAUCUUCUCUCCAAGACAAAAUCACAAGAAGUCAACGUUCUGCGUUGCUACAAAGAACUCUUAGAUCACUCCCCACAUAAGAAGGAGCUCUCAUACAGCCAUUUUGAUUUUCAUGCCGAGACAAAACAGCUGAGCGGGGGAUUUGCCGGUGCUACCAAAAUACUUCCUUCGCUAUAUGACUCAUUGGAGCAAUUCGGCUGGUUUAACUUUGAUGUUCAGGAGAAUGAGGUCAUUACUCGUCAAGAUGGGGUGUUUCGAGUGAACUGUUUGGACUGUUUGGAUAGAACCAACCUCAUUGAGCAAGUCAUUAGUCAGCGAGUAUUGAGCCAUAUUCUUCAAAAUCAGAUGGAGAGUCACGGAAACUCGCCCCGCGAUAAGCAGCUCUUGGAUGAGCUCACACUCAAGCAUAACACUCUCUGGGCAGACAAUGGUGAUGCGAUUUCACAGAUCUACACCGGUACUAAUGCAUUGAAAUCUUCGUUUUCGAGAUCGGGUAAGAUGAACUUUGCGGGCGCCCUUUCGGACGUUACCAAAUCGGUAUCUAGGAUGUACCAAAAUACAUUCGUUGACUCCAAAAAGCAGUCAACUAUUGAUAUCUUACUUGGAAAAGAUGCCAAGAAUGGCAAGCCUGUGAAGAUUUACGAUCCAAUUUAUGAAUUCGUGCAUGAGAAACUUAAGGAGAAUUCUCUGGCGUUUACAACAUUCAAGGAUAUCACCAUGUUUGUCGGUACAUUUAACGUCAGUGCCGCUUCGCACCCUAUAAGAGACUCUUUAGAUGAAUGGCUCUUUCCUGCGACGAAUGAUGACUUUGGACCUCCUGAAGUGUAUGCAAUUGGUCUCCAAGAGUUAAUCGAGCUCAACGCAGGCGCAUUCCUCACAGCAGAUUCCUCCAAACCAUCUAUGUGGGGUAAAAUUUUGGAGAAGCUGCUUACUUCUCGAGGGAAUGAAUACCUUCUACUUCGUACUGAAGCCAUUGCUUCUAUGAGCUUGUAUUUAUUUGUGAGAAAGGAUCAAGUGGAACAGGUCACCCAAGUCUCGGGGUCGUCCAAAAAAACUGGCUUGGGUGGUAUGACUGCUAAUAAGGGUGCUUGCGCCGUUAGAUUUGACUUUGGGUCGACGUCAUUUGCGUUAGUGACUUCACACCUUGCUGCAGGUGUGGCUGCAACUAUCGAAAGGUACAAUGAUUAUAUGCUGAUAAUGCAAGGUCUCACAUUCACCAGAAACUACACAAUAAGUGAUCAUGACAACGUCAUUUGGUUUGGUGAUUUGAACUACAGAAUAGAUCUUCCAAAUGAUCGUUGCAGAUAUCUCGUUGAGAGUGGAGCUUUCGAUGAGUUAAGUGAAGCAGAUCAGUUGAAAAAAGAAAUGGAAAAAGGUGGGGCGUUCUCCCGAUUCACCGAAAGCCCUGUAAAAUUCUAUCCGACUUAUAAAUUUGACAAAGGAACUUCAACCUACGACUCCUCCGAAAAACAGCGUGUUCCAUCAUGGACUGAUAGAAUUCUCUUUAGAGGGAUCAAUCCUGGUACUCUUGUGCCUUUGAACUAUGGCUCUGUGAUGGACAUCUUUUUGAGUGAUCACAAGCCCGUGUAUUCGACGUUCAAGGUGAACAUCAAGUUUGUCAACAAGCAACAAAAGUUGGCAUUGACUAAGGACUAUUAUAACGCUUACAAGAAAGACUACCGCUCAGAUCAAAGUUUAAUUGAAAUUGAUAACAGCGAAAGCUCUUCGGUAACUUCAAAGAGUUCAAAUUUUACUUCAGACACUCUUUCAGAAAUGAACCUCUUCGAGGACAAUGCUUCACCACCAAAGUUACCCUCGCGUACACCCCAGCCACGUACAGUGAACACGCUUCCCAGAAGAGUCCCGCCUCCACCUAUGAGUAGAAAGGCGGUUGCACUGAGUGCUGGCUUGGAUAACAAUAACAAGGUCACAGGCACGAACAAUCUACCCCAAGAAAAGCAACUUUCAACUCCGCCUCCUCCUCCGCCAUCUAGAAACUCUGGUCCAUCCAGAAACAAUCAUCACAACUUGGCAUUUUCUGCUGCUCCCUUGGUGCCUUCCAACUCACAGCCUUCUACCCCACGUUCCAUGUCACCUAGCAUGUCCAAUACAGCGGCAUCUUCUCCUGGUAAUUUCAAUGCAACUGAAUUGAAGCCCAUGAAGCCGAGUAAGCCAAAGGCUUUGUCUGCUAAAAAAGUUGACCAGGUGGUUUCGCAGCCAGCAGUGGAUCCUAGGAAGAACUCCGCUCUGCCACCCCCACCCCCACCGAGGGCCAAUACUGCUACAAGUCAGGGGUCUAAAAGCACCAUGAUGGAUUGGAAACCCUUAAUACCACAAUGA